AUGCCUCGCUCCACAGUUCACCGCAUCGUCCAUCGGGUUACUGAGGAGGUGGUGGCCAUCCGCCACCGAGUCAUCUGCCUCCCGAAAACUGCAGAAGACCUGGCAGCAGUAACCCAGGGGUUUGAAGGUCUGGCCGGACACAGAGCUUUUCUCAAAGCUGCUGGAGCGAUCGACGGCUGCCAUGUGAGGAUCAAGCCUCCAAGCGGUCCUGAUGGGCCGCUUCAUCGACACGUACGUGGGCUGGCCGGGGUCGGUGACUCCAGAGUGCUCCGGAACAGCGCACUGUACAGGCAGGCCAUCUACCCUCCUCCGGGCCACUUCAUCUUGGCAGAUGGUGGUUACCCGUGUCUCCAACACCCACUCCCCCUCAUCACUCCCUUCAAGCGGCCGGUACAAGGUGUGGGAGCCCUGCGCUUUAACAGCCAUCAUUCCAGGGCACGCUCCAUCAUAGAGCGUGCCUUUGGGAUGAUGAAGACGAGGUUCAGGGCCAUCUUCCUCCAAGCGCUGGAGGUGCACCACACCUUUGUGCCUCAGGUCAUAACGGCAUGUGCUGUCCUGCACAACAUCUGCCUGGGAGCUGGUGACAUCAUGGCCCCAGAGGAUGAAGAGCAGGACGACAUGCCAGAGGAUGAGGAGGGGAGAAGGUGUUGGAGGCAGUCAGUGGUGCUCACUGGCAGAACCAGCUGUCUGCCGAGGUGUCUGCCCUGGAGGAGGGUCUACCCAACCACGAUUACAUUUAGAUGCCGUCGAUUGGGUCAGCCCUUCAAACCCUGA